GGGGGUCUUUAUGGGAUGAGCUGCUCCUUCCUAUGCUGUCCCACCCCCAGUUCCAACCCCUGCAUCCCUCCCAUCUCCACGGUAACCACGGAGCUGCUGCUCCAUCCUCGGUGCCCACGGGGCAGCAUGGGGCUGCUGGCUGCGGUGCUGCUGGCUGCUCUCCUGCCGGGGAUCGCUGCCCGGGGGGCUCAGGCGCUGUGGCCGGAUGAACCCUCACACAUCUGCUCCUUCCAGAGCCUCAGCGGCAAGGACAGCGAGUUCUGCAGAGGCAACUUAGAAGUCAUCUACCCAGAGCUGGGUGAUGUGGGCUGCACCUACAUCCCCACUUGCCACGAGUCCCGUUGGCGCAUCAGCAGGGAGUGGGGCAGCCCCCAGGUCCUCUACCCUCAGGCCAAAAAGAGCAAGAAGUACGUGGUGAUGCUGGUGGACCCCGACGCUCCCAGCAGAGCCAACCCCCGGAGCCGUUUCUGGAGGCACUGGCUGCUCACUGAUGUCCCCGGCGCGGAGCUGAGGACGGGGGAGCUCAAAGGGCGCGUGCUGACAGAGUACGCCCGCCCCACGCCGCCGCCCCGCAGUGGGUACCACCGCUACCAGCUGCGCCUGUAUGAGCAGCCCGAGGGUGAACACGUCAUCCUGGGUCCUGAGGAGCGCAUCUCUGUGGGUUCCUGGUCACUGGAGAACUUUGUGGAGCGCUUUCGGCUCGGCUCCCCCGUGGCCUCGACGCAGUUCCUCACCAAACACCACGAGGAUUAGAGGGGCACAGACCCCGCAGCGCCCCCAGCCUCCUGCAAACCCCAAAUCCCUCUGCGCGACGCCGCUGUGGGGCUCUCUGUGCAUCCCAAAGGUGCCCCACCUCGAAGCUUUGCUGUUUGCUGAAUGAAACCGAUGGAUGUUUGUCGGGUCUUUGCAUCCAGCCCCGAUGUCACCGAGCGGUGGCACUGGGAUGCAGUGUGGGAGCCGCCGUGGCUCCAUCCGCGCUCUUCUCUUGGAAAGCAAAACCGAAAUUAAAGCUGUAAAUCAGAAGAGCUCUGCCUGCCGGCCGCACAGCCGGACCUCCCCUGUAAUUAGCUCUUUAAUUAGGCUUUCAUCCCGAGAGUCGGGUUUUCUCCUCGCAGACUGCCCUCGCUGAUUUCAUGCCCCCAUGGCACAGGGCUUGGAGCAAACCCAGCGUGGGAGCGAGAGCUUGAGUGGGGAAACUGAGGCACUGGGAAGCACUCGGCGCGGGUUGGAGGGCACAGCCGUGCUCCCAUUGCUGCAUCUCACCCCAAACCCAUCCCAAAAGCAUCGAGAGCAGUGAGAGCAGCUUUCACCUCACAGCCAGAGGACUUUCCCUGCAGCAGGAAGAGGCUGUUUACCCAGUGGGGUUGAAUCAUGUGCUGCAUCCCAUGCAGCACUGCAGGGAGGGAUGCACGGUGCUCACUGCUCCACCACAGCUGUUGCUGUUGUUGUAGGGGGAGAGAAAAUGUGAUGGGAAAUGGUCACCGUCCUUCUGGGCCUUUGUGGAGGUGGAAAUGGGGUGGGAAUUUGGUGGGUCUGCAGUCUGUGCUGCGGGGUGUGGGGAGCCCUGAGGGGGGCAGCCUCACAGUGGGGUGGGUUGGGGGUGGAAGACAUUGGGAUAGG